AAUGUUAUGAUAAAAUGCAAAUUGGGCCACGGUUCAUUUGCUAUGCAGAUUAUCGCUGCAAAAAUACCAGGCGUGGUGUGUAGCAAUUUAAAGUCAGUGAACCGUAUAACAGGUCUUGAACGGGGAAAAAAUUGUCUUCGGUCCUUCAUUCUGCCGAAAUUCGCUUCAAAAUGGUCUAAACUUUACUCAAGACUCGUAAUUUGAUUUCGCUAUGGAUUCUAAGUGUCAGCUUGAUGAAAAUUACCGUGCAACGUCGCCUAGUUUCGAAGCAAACCGGCCUGAAUUGGAUGGCAAAGUCAAAGAUUCUAUGAGUAAAACACUAAAGCAGAAUAACAAUACAGGUUUGUAUAAACUUGAGAUAUGUAUUUGUUUCAGGUAGUUAGGUUUGAGAUACGUGUGCAAGGUGUUGUGUAUAAUUGUUGUAUAAGCUAGUUUAUGGAUCAUCUGUCAGGCUUGUUUGAAUAUAUGUCAAACUGCGUGAGAUUGUAGUGAAUAUAUGUCGCUUUGCCUUUGUAGUGAGUUUGGGUCACACUACAAUGCUCAUGUAUUUCAAGUUUAUAACCUAUACUGAACAUUGAGUGUUUUUGUAUUCGUGCUUGUGAGCAAUACUGUGUAAAUUUUGACAGUCACUUACGCCACACGUAAGUGACAUAUUGAAAUGCAAACUCGGUAGUAUUUAUGCAGUAUUCGUGUUAUUGUAAAUAUAUAGAUUGUAGAUUAUAUUUUCAGUUCAGUUAAACGCGUAGCUUUCGAGCCCCGUGCUCGCAGAUAAAGCAUCUAUCACAUAAUACUCGACGUCAUAAGGUGAAACACAUGUAACUUAAAAUGUGCGUAUAACGGUACAAUAUAGUAGGCAACUAGCUUGUAUGUGCAUGGCGACUUUAUUCCUCAGUCUUUUAACUGCAAUUAAAAGCACUGCUUUUAAGGUUUAUAGUUUGCACGCUAUUGAAGUUUCUUUGGUCAAGACAAACUGAAAGGCUACGUUUACACUAUAGACCAGAUAGCUUUCCGUAGCAGCGAGAAAUAGUACCUAUAUAAUAUAUCCGAUACAGAAUGUACAACUUUCAGAAGCUGAGCGAAACAACAUCUUUUCGUCGCAAUCAAUGCCAAUGAAUUUCCUCUGAAUAUGACGUUCCUAAAAGAAAAAUGUACGGAUAGGUGUUUUCUCACGUCGCUACAGAAAGCUAUCCGGUACAGCUAGUGUAAACGUAGCUACUGAAGUGAUCAAUAUAGUUCAUGAAGUGAAUCGGUAAUUAAACUUUUUUUAGAUACAUAAAUUUACUCCGCUUUGCGAAUGAUGCAUGCACGGAAUGAUGCAUGCGACCAACGAAACUUUUAUUGGUAUAAAUGUCGCAAUAUUCAAGGAAUUUGCCUCGAAAUUUGGUACAUUUUAAACCAUUGAGAAAGCAUUAACGUUGAGGUAGCAAUUUGGUGAGACGAAAAGGGAAUUUUACGUGACGAAUUUUAUACAACUUGCAGCGCAAUUUCUUACACAAUAUUUUUCGUUCUCAUUAAUAAUUGAGGAGAUCCAUCAGCAAUUUCAUUCUUGAUUUUUCUUCAGAUUUUACCACUUUAAAGCUGGUUCACACGAGUGAGAUACAAGCAUAACUCAUAAGUAAAGGCAAAAAUUCAAAACUGAAAGAAACGCACUUAAGCCUGCGACAUAUAAGCUUCGACAUGCUCCGCCGUGCAGAUGAGCAUGUUUCCUUGACAAAUUUACUUUCUCGUGUGUACGGUCAACAAGUUGUUGUCAGUUGUCAGUUUGUUUGCCAAAAGCAUAGAUUGAAGUAUUUCUUGUACACUUGUCAAGUCUUCUCAAAGUAUUCAGUACUCACGAACACAUUUUCCUGAUCCAAAAACUGGAUGACUAGCUUUAGAACAAGGCUCGAUCCUUGCCGGCCAAGCCGAGAAAUUGUCAAUGCAUGUUCUGCCGUACGCACGAGCAAAUGAAACUUGCCAAGGAAAACUCACUCGUCUAUGGGAAACAAAAGACAGUUCGAAAGAAAAUUCUGUUCGCUUUGUCUUCUGUCUUUGCAUGUCCCAAAGGUAAAAUUUUGUUGCAAAACUUGACGUGGACGAUUUCAGAGUACUGAUGUUUAAUAUUUAAACUUCAAACUUGCUUUUUAGGACAGCUGUCAUGCUGCAUGCGCUGUUAAAAUUUUAAUUAUUACGCUUUAAACCCCAUUGAAACGAAUAAAAGUCUGAAGAACAUGACAAACAAUAUACAUAAAAACAUUGAUAAAUUUUUUGUGGAAAAGUUUUAGGCCUACAUUUACUCUAUCAUUGUGGAUGCUAAACUAUACAUUCAUCUUUACAGUGUCAUUUUCAACAAUUACAUCUUUCAUCAGUUCACUUAUCUCUCACACAAAACAUCUGCGUCACGUAAGGCCUGCGUGAUCGCAACAUUUUUUGAAUACUUUUUGCGUGGAUUCUUGCAAGUUGGAUGAUUCUGUUGAAUUAUUUUUCGUCUUUCCAGUGAAUAGAAAUUUUACAAGUUUGAAAUUUUACAAGGUCUACAAGUUGCUCGCGAAAUGUGAACAUUUAACUGCAAACGGAAUUAUUAAUUUAUAUUCGUGAAAUUUUUCUUUUUAGUUAAAGAACUUACUUGUACCCAGGCGUCUUUGUGUAAGAAACAGCGAUGCGCGUAUGACGAGUUUACAUGACGUAUUGUAGUGGCGAGGGAAGGGCGAAGGGGCUGAUGGGAAUAGUGCACUUGAAGUGCUUCCCCCAGCCCCAGGACGCGCCAUUUCCAACAGCCCCUUCGUGCGUUGCCUGCUUGCCUUCCUUUAUGUAUCCCUAAAUAGUAUAUAUCCCUAUUAUGUUUAAAGCGCAUGGGUACGAGGCAGCUUUUACAAUACGAUUGUCAUCGGCAAGAAUCUUCAUUAAUUUUCCAAUAGACAUGUGUUGCACAUAAAUUUAUGCUGCCUAUCAUCAGUCAAUAUACACAUGGUUACUUCAGAUUAUGAGAAUUUAAUAACUUUCCGAACUUAUAAUUUUCAAAAUUCUCAGGCGCGGGAGCAUGCCUCCAGAACACUAACCUCCUCCAUACUCUCAACACUAACCCUUCCCCACAGUGGCGUAACGGAGAAAAGAGGGGGGCCUUAGGCAUAUUUGGUGUGGGGGCCCCUGUUGACUGUUGUCAUUGUUUGACUGAGAUAUUAUAUUUAUAUUGAAUAUUUAUAGAAUGUUCUGGAACAUUCCGUGUCUAUAACAAUAACAGUCUCCAACAUAUGUAUAACAACUUUUAACAAUAACUUUUGUUUUUAUUUGAGAUGGAAUAAAAAAUCAACUACCGUGGUCGAUGGAAACUUUAUUAUUUAGUAUUAUUAAUUUUGCAUUUUCCCAUUGAUUCUUAACCUGCAUUUUUUACAUUUUCUGGCCGAUGGGCCGUCGCUGAUGGGGGUCUCUGACUUUCGAGGGCCCCUAACUGUUGGGGGCCCUUAGUUUUUGAACUAACCCUAACCAACGAGCGUUACGCCACUGCGGGCCCUCACUAACAAUAGUAACAUUUGAUAGAGCUAAAAAUUCUUUUAUCAUUUUGCUAGUCAAAUUUGCAUUUGUUUUGUCAAUUUCAUGUGUUAUCUUUCGUUUUAUGUUGCAGUAUAUUUGAAAAAUAAAAACACGAUUGAAAUUGAAAAAAAAAGCUGAGUACGACGUCGAUAGCGGAUGACCUACUUAUUAAAUCGUGGAUGAAGUAUAGUUUACAUUUAAAAGUAUUUUUGCAACUAUAACCUUUGACGCAUAUAUAAUCUGUGUUUUGAAAAUGAUCUCAGUCGCGUUUUUCUAUAUUUAUUAUCAGAUAACAAUAAGGAAAAACAGGCGAUGACAACAAAUAAAAAGAAUGCCAUGCCAAAUUUGGACGUGCCAAAAUGGUAGGAGUAAUUAGGUGUCAUCUAUUUCUAUAUUUAAAAAGCCGUUCGGCUUCAUUUUAUACAUCAGAGAAAAUUAUCUUCAUACGAUACAAAACUUGGGUCUCGUUCGGUCAAUUUACACAAAGCUUUUUUUAAACCCUGUCAAAAUCCCUUUUCUCUAAAUUAUAAGCAAAAUAUUUUUUUGCCCCCCCCCCCCACCCCCCUAGUCAAAGUCCUUUUUCUCUAAAAUAUAAGCAAAAUAUUGUUUUGCCCUCCCCAGUCAAAAUCCCUUUUCUCUAAAGUAUAAUCAAAAUAUUUUUUCGCCUCCCCCCCAGUCAAAGUCCCUUUUCUCUAAAACAUAUAAGCAAACGGCAUUGAAGGAAAAAUAAAUUUACAAGGAAGUUUGAUGUUCUAUAGUAACUGAAAUUUGCUUUGUGAAUCUUAUGUCCUGUCCUUUAUCUUCAAAUGAUUCAGCUGUAUAGCCAAAAAUCUGAAAACACGCGAAAUGCAGUCCUAGGAUGGAAAAAUACAAAUAUGUUCGAUACCCCACCAAACUUCUUGUAACAAUCUAACAAAUUCUUAAAAAAGAGUGGUAAAACGUGAUCCAAUAGGCAAUUCCAGCUUUUAGUUUAUGCGUGCAGCGGGUGAUGGGAAGGUAUCAUAUUGCUGAUUAUACUGAAAAAUAAAAAUGGCGGCCGUGCAAACACGGAGUGAUAGCUUAUACUUGUAAAUAUUGAAAUAUUUCGGUUGUUUCGGCAGUUUUUAUUGAAAUUUUUCAGCAUAAUCAGCAAUAUGAUACCUUACUUCCCAUCACCUCCUGCGCGCAUAAAUUAAAAACUGUAAUUGCCUAUUCAGUGUAGUUUAUUUUAGAUAUCAAACUUUGCCAAAACAAGGUCAGUUCUGUCAGAUGUCCUAGACAGGACGUAUAUACUCGGCAUUUAUGCACAAUGGUGUAGAUACUUCAGGUUUUGUGUCCCUCAAAUUAAAUUUCAUGAAUUUCUGUCCAGGUACACUCCAUUAGAAAACGACGCAGAUGACGAAGAUCUUCUUUGUGUUGUUCGGCAGUUCUGUCUUGAAAAACCUGUUACCAUGGCAGCGAUGACGUAUUGUCAUGUCAAACUAUGCUAAUUUUCCUAACUUACGAACUUCAAAGAAGUUUAUAUACAUGUACAGUUUUAUAUGCUUUUUAGAGAUCAGUGAAUAGUGUUUAAUUGUUCAGUGUAAUCCUAAGUGAUUGGGUUUUUGGCAAUGAGCUGUGAGCUCUCUAACUUGAACCUUAACUCAGGUUUAAAGCCCAUCUAGUACUACUUUUAGGCGAGUUAAGUGUGCCGUGUUCUUAAACGACCUAAAAAGCAAAGCUAGUGUGUAAUCUUAGAAGGGUAAUGUAAUCCUAAAUCGAGUAUGUGCAUUAUGUAUAAUGUAUCUUUGUGGUCAUAUAUCGUUAGUGAUUUUGUAAGCUUUUCAAAAAUGAGUUUUAAUUGAUUGACUCCCUCUGUGUGUUUUUGUACUGACUUUCUUGAGAUUUCUUUUUACUGCUACUACCGAUAGUAUUAUAGACUUGCCACAAGUCCGCCUCAGAACUUUCCCCGUAUUUUUUUACAAGCCGGAAAGCCAAGCGGAACCGCGCGUGACGUCAUUUGAAAAGGACUUUGCGAAAGUCUAAUAGUAUUACAGAAUUAAACGAAUUCUAACUAUUUUAAUUUUUUUUAAUUUUUUUUUUAUUUAAUUUAUUUCCCCUACUAUUAUUACAUGUAAUUUCCUUAUAAUUGUAUUAUUAUUAAUUAUGGGCUAGAGACCUACUUGAAACUCUGUUGGGCUUUUUCUUUAGGCCCCUAGUUUUUAAUUGCACAUUUAUUUGAAUAUAAUGAAUGAAUAACAUCCCUUUUUAUUUUUGAUACGUGUAUAUAGCUAUAAAUAAAACAAUCCCUACGUUACAUUGCACAUUCAACAUUGAAUUUAAUGCAUUCCGCUGAACCGUACAAUAGGACAGUACAUAAUAGCAAUACUACAAAAAUUCACGGCUGAGCCACAGAAUAGACUGAGACAAAAGCCUGCUUUAAUUUAUGCUUAGGAAUUUUACAUAGGUAAAUUUUGAAGGAAUUAUAAGUAGUGUUUGAGUCAGUUCCCUCAAACAUUUCUUACAAAUCCUUCAAAAGUUUUUACCAACGCAAAAUUCCUACUGUGAUCAUAGAAACUUUGAUAGUGUAAACCAGGCUACACAGACGGUCGACUUCUUGCAUUCGCUUAUGAUUUUGGCGCAACUGUUGCAAUGCUGUCGUACGUGCACUGGCUGUGCAUUUUGCUGACGAAUCAUUGCGAAUCAUGACGCAUUAGGGUGUGGAGCAAUGUUUCAUUGAUACGGUCAGUGGAUGGAACUUCAAUAUGAUGCAUAAUUAUAUAAAUUGCACACAAAAAAUGUCGCGAUUUAACACUCAGCAGUCACUGAAUUGUGGUAUUCUAAUUUUUUCUCCAAAAGUACAUUGGUCUUAAUCUUGUAUAAGUAACUCACACUUCAGUUAUGUUGAUGAAGUCUUUCUAUUCAUCGUCGUUAUUGUCACAAACAUGUAGCAAACGGGUAGAAUCACGUGAAAACCACCUCUGGGCACAAGGUCUGAACAAACAUUUAAAAAUCGACCUGAAGCACAUGAAGAGAACACGAACAAAAACAGAAAUUAUAGCAAAGCAUACAAGAAGCAAAAGAAUAGCUGGAAAUAGUCCUAACAUAACCAUCUCUAGCCAUUGAAACACUUUGACAACUGCUACUAAAGAACGCUUGAUAUUUUGUUCGGAACCAACAAACACAGACUUGAACAGGUUGACCAAGCCUAAAAUGACCAAAAAGAACAAAGAAAGAGACUCGAGAUUAUUUGCUAACGAAUUUUGAAACGGUUUAACCUUGAGAUGACAGCAGAGCACAGAAACACAAGUAAGAGUCAUACAGAAUAAUCUGAUAGAUGGUUCAGCUACAACACAGAAGAUUAAAACCAAAAUAAAUCGACGAGCAAUCAAGACACUCUGCCAAUAUAAAGCCCCUCGCUCGCUUGCACCUUUCGCUUGUCUGUAAGGAGCCAAUAGCAUCUCCUUUAAUGCGUUUAAAUUUUGGUUUUCUUCUACAUUCACUACUGGAGUUGGACAAACAAGGCGGAACAUCCAUAACAGUAAAAAUGGAAUCGGGCAGAUAAUGGCAAGAAGGAACUGUUGGAUUGUUAUUUUAUCAUGGUGAAGUUUGAACGAAAUCCAAGCAAGCACAAAUAUAAAAGGAAUCAUAAAGAUAGCAUUAAAAGUGAAUGACGCAUAUUGCCACCAUUGGUAGCAUAAGACAUUUCCAUUGUAGAACCGUCGAGCUUCGCCUGCAACAAAAACACAGCGAAUGAGUG